AUGUCUCCAACUGCAGAUGGAUACACAACUGAUGAUAUUGAAUUCUACUGGAAUGGAGGGGAAUCUGCUGUUAGCGGAGUUAAUAAAAUCGAGCUCCCUCAGUUCUCGAUUAUUGAUUACAAAAUGAUCUCAAAAAGAGUAGUGUUUGCAACAGGGGCUUACCCCCGUCUGUCCCUGAGUUUUCGACUGAAAAGAAAUAUCGGCUAUUUCAUUCUGCAAACCUACAUGCCUUCUACUCUAAUUACAAUUCUGUCUUGGGUAUCCUUCUGGAUCAACUAUGAUGCAUCUGCUGCAAGAGUUGCACUAGGAAUAACCACUGUGCUGACAAUGACCACCAUUAGCACUCACCUCAGGGAAACCCUUCCCAAAAUCCCAUAUGUGAAGGCAAUUGACAUCUACCUUAUGGGCUGCUUUGUCUUUGUGUUCCUUGCUUUACUGGAAUAUGCAUUUGUCAACUACACAUUCUUUGGUAAAGGCCCUCAACAUCAGAAGAAAGCAGCAGAAAAAGCCACGAAUGAGAGGAAGAAAAUGGAGAUGAAUAAAGUUCAGAUUGACACUUGUGGGAAUAUCCUUCUUACUACCUUGGAAAUGAGAAAUGAAGUCAGCAGCUCCGAUGUGCUUGAGAGUUUGAAUGAUCCAAGAGCCACAAUGUACUCUUAUAACAGUGCCAGCAUCCAUUACCGGAGACCACCUACUAUGAAAGACCUCAACAGCAGAAGCACCUUGGAGAAACGUACCACCCACCAAAAGGGACGACUAUGGAGAAGAGCAUCACAGCUCAAAGUCAAAAUUCCAGAUUUGACUGAUGUUAAUUCCAUAGACAAGUGGUCCAGAAUGGUCUUUCCUAUCACUUUUAUUCUUUUUAAUGUUGUCUAUUGGCUUUAUUAUGUGCACUGA